GAUCGCCGCGGCGCGCCAAUUUUGAAGGGCGCGCGAUUAAUAAUAGCGAGCGAAAAUGGCUUUACGUUUACGUGGCCGUGGCCGGCCUAGCUAGCUACCUAGUAUACCGCCGCGCCGUGGACGUACCCAGUUAGUACUCACGAACUCCGGCCGCGGUGACCAUAAACACACAAUUGUUGGGGAAUUUUAUGGACUGAGUUGAGAAAACCGAGUGUACUAUCAAACUUUUCGAACCUAAACAGAUGCCGAUUAACAGCUUCAACCAGUAUAAAGUUAGUGAAUUCGAGUCAAGCCGGAUUCAAGUCUCCGGUCAUCAGAUCAUGCCGGUGGAAGUGGAACAGAAUCUCAGAGUCAGAUACUUUUGAUAGCUCAGCCCAGCUCAUCAGACGAGCGAGCAACAUAAACGCAAUCCUCUGCUGACCCAUCGAAUUUGAUUGACAGGUGUGGAGCGGAGCUGAGUGAUGCUGAGCUGAGACUGGAUCCAGGUUACAGUGCAGGACACCAGACUAGGUGGAAUAUUGCAGUCUGAACUCAACAACUGAUGUUUGAAUGAUCCAGUGAGCAAACUUUGUGGACAUGCUUCACUUGAGAUUUUCUCAGCUGAAGCUUAGACAAGAUCCAACUCGACAGAGAACUGCAUCAGAUUUUUCUGGAGAAAAGAUUGAUAUAGCAAUGGAUCUUGUCAGUGAUGAGACAGAUAAAGCAGGGCAGCCAGGUGAAAGUAACUUUCUGGUUCCAGACAUUUCAACGAGAUCCAGCUUGGAUAGCAUGAAAAAGAAGCUAGAAAGGAUGAAGCACUUCAGGUCUACGCCAGGCCCUAGACCAAGUCCUACAAAGGGAUGGGAUCAGACUGAAUCAGCUGGACAUAGACAUGAUAGAGAUAUUUCUCCUCUUGCAUUCGGUCGAGUUCCAAUGUGUAGUCCAAACUAUUUGGGACGAAAGCCACCAAUGUCUGAAGAGCUGGCUAAACUCUGUUCAGAUUCCCCAAUAUCCCCUUUCAAGUCUGACUCGGACAAUUCCUCAUGCCUUUUCGCAGAUGAUUCUUUCCUGUCGUCGGCUGAUUUUGCAGACGAUGUUUUUGAUAUUUCCUCUAGAGAUGCCAGAUUUCAUAAUGAACGCUCCCAUUGGAACAGGCAUGAUUCUGAGGUUUCCUUUGAUAAAUAUGGAAGAGAAAAUGAAUCUGCAGUGACGAAAGGGGCAGCAAUCGCAGGCAGUCCUAGCAAAAUAAGGCACAAAAACUCCCGGGCGAUCCGACGCAUCAAGAGUGCAUCCUCCUAUCGCUAUUGUCCCUUUAAAUCCUCUCCACAAAAAGCAAAUACGACAUACUCUGGCACAAGAUGGUAUAAAGCCCCAACAGACACACAACUCUAUGAAGUAAGGAAAAGAGAACUCAAAGAAUCUAACCAAGCUGCUUCUAAUGCCAUCACCUUGCCAAAAAGGGUCUUGCAAUUUGGAGUUUGUGACAGUCAAGCCAAUCAGCAAGAUCAUUUUGUAGAAAAGGCCAAGACUGAAAUCCAUGUUGAGCUAGCUACCAGUAGGACUGAAACUCCUGAAUCAGGCUAUGGUUCAUUGAAUACUACCCGUCAAACUCCAGAUUUGGUACUCAGCGAAACCCCUGUGACCAGAUUACCAUUUCCAAGAACUGAACAUGUUCCUUCAAAGAACAAUUCUUCGUACAGGAUCAUCAAUACCCAUGCUGUCCCUUGGCUUGAGAAGUUUGACAUUAUAUCCAAACUUUAUGGUAUAGCAUCCCAUGUUGUGGAAAAGAUCUUCUCCUAUUUAGGACCAAAAGACCUUGUGUUAUUCUCUUCAGUAAGCCCAAGAUGGCGCCAUAUAUGCUCAUCGCAUCCCCCUACAGCAAAGAUCAGGGACCACUACCUCAAAGCUAAGGAAAAUGAUUUCCAAUUAAGGAAGGAGAACAUUCCAUCAUCAUCUGGCUUACCAAACCGAGGACGUGUUGUAACAGGACCUGGAACACCCUUGGCUUCUGUGCAGACCUUAGGUACACCAACCUCUUCAAGUACUCCAACCAUGAAAAUGACCCGAAUUGAUAAAUUCUAUGAACUCGGAAAACAACUUCAGCAUGGGGAAAAGCUUGAGAAAUGCAAAUGUGGAUCACCAGCUCGGAUUGAAACCAGGACAAGGAAGGCCUCCUGCUCCAGUAUGCAUUGCCAGUUUGAAUUCUGCAUCAAGUGCAGGAUGAAUUACCAUGGCAACAGCCCUUGUUUGUCAUCAACCAGUGCCAGACGGGCAAGAGGACCAAGUGUUGGAUCAAAGAAGAGUAAGAAUAAUUUACGACGCCACACUCGUCUCUCUGCAAAUGAUUGACAGUUCAUUGUUAGCUGCAUGCAAAGUAUUGCCUUUUUAUGUCACUUUGUUUUGUUAAAUAAUCUUCAAUGUCAGAUCAUUAGUAUUACCUCAGUCACAUUCAGAAUUCCAAGCUGACUUGAUCUGACUCGUUGCUCCUCAACUGUUUUACCCCAAUGCCUACUUUGACUUUUGUAAGUAGCCCAUGUUCAUUCUUUAUUUCUUUGUAUGCCCACCUCACAGAAUAAUGUGAUAAGAAGACAACAAUUAACAUAUUAAUGUAUGACAAAAAUAUGAAACAAAUUUUAUGGAAAUUAUUUAAACCGUAGCAUUUAAAACGUUGCCAUCCUGUGCCAGUUUUCAAUUUCAUUCCAAAAUGUUAUAUUCUAAAAUGACCAAAUGGCAUUGAUGAUGAUUUUGAAUGCCUUGAUUUUAUACCAAUAUGAUGUGUUGCGAUUCAAACAGUUAAGUUGAGUCCAAGAUGUGUCACAUCACACAUAUCAAUUUUUCAGAUUUUUUAGUUUCCAAAAAAUUUUCAACUAUAAAUCGCAUUGCCUAUCAAAGUGUGCCACGGACCACUGGUUGAGAAGUAUUUAUCUAACUCACUUGAAUUUAUCUGAUAAAUACGAUUCUCCACCAUGUAGAAGUUAUCAGUAUUGGGUUGUCUUGGUGAUAAAUGAGACAGAGAUGACUGAAUAAGUAACAUAUCUGUGCCCUGUGACAUCAAAGAUACAAUCAAUUUUAAAAUAAAAUAUGACCGUAAGCCUAAGGCAAAUGAUUUACAAACAGUUAUAAUCAAUCAAUUGUUUAUAUUAGCCUAUCUUGGUAUCUUGGCGCUGUUACAUAAUAUAUCAAAUCAAUUUUAUAAUCAGUUAUAAUUGUAAGUCUAAAGUAACUGAUUUACAAAUGGUUACAAUCCAACUAGAAUUACAAUUAAUUUGAAAUAUUGAUUGUGUCUCCUUACAUUGUAUGUUACCCCCAGCAUCUCUUGAAGCUGGGAUCAGUGCAAAUCUUUGCAUACAUGUACAUACAUGGCAUUAGAUGGUUAAAACAGUAAUGUCUUGUGGAAACAUUCGUUUUUCAGUAUUAGACAUUUAAACCUUGAGUGAGUCUUGUUUUCCUUAUCAAUUGUGCCAAGAAGAUGCUUAAAUGUGGGAAGAUGCCUAAGUGUAAAAUCAUGCUCCAGCAUGAUGCUUCAAUCACAUCGUGUGCAGCUGACUGUAAAGACUAGAUUCAUGCAAUUCUUCAUGUUUUAAUUCCCUCAGACCAGAUCAUUGAUUUAUCUCUUCCAUCAUUUUACCAAAAGAAGUAUUCAGCUCGGUAUUAACUAUUUACCUUUUUUUUUUAAUGGUUGUCUAUUUGUGAUUUGUUUUUAUAUACAUGUACAGUAUAUUGCAUUUCUCUGGUCUUUCUUGAAUUUCUUACUAGUGUAUUUUUGGUUACUUGUUAUUGCUGCAUGUACAUGCUAAUUAAAGACAAUUUGUGGUAGUUUGGUAUUUUGGAAAUUAAUUUGUGUAUCUCUUGAGACAUACGCUAAGCGGCUAUGCCAUACAUUUCAUGAAUAUAGUAUUUAAUUUGGAUGACACAGAAUGAGAUAUAAAUAUUCCAAUUGUUAGGGCCAAUAUAACAUUACACAAAUUAAUGACUUGCAAUAUUGGCCAGAACAAGUAGAAUAUUUCUUGUAUGAUUUAGAAGAACCAUCCAAUAUAAAAUCAGAGGCUGUAAAACAUUUUUGAAAGUAGGGGAUCACCAUGCAAAAUUGGAUAUGACAAGUUUUUAAACAUUUUUUAAACAUGUUUGCUGGGAAACGAUUUGGGGGAGGGGCUCAAGCCCCCACAGCCCCGUUGGUUCUGCUGCCUCCUAAAUUGGCCUCUUAGUGAUCAUUAUUCAUUAAACUGUGCAUUGCAUGGUUGUCGCACUGCAAGUUUUGUAUGGAAGCCUAUGGAGAAUUUGUCACAUUUUGGCACAUCAUGUAUUAUGCUCUGUUACUGCUAGGAAAAUCAUGCAGAAUGUUGCAAUAUUGGUUUACAGAAAGGGGGGGGGGGGAUGGUGAUCCCUCUAUUAGCAUACAGUACAUGAACAUUACAUGUAUAUAUACAAAAAAAUGUUUUGCAGUGGAAAAUAAUCCAAAAUACAUGUAAACAGUACUGUAUGAUUAUUCAUCACUAUCAAAUUUUUACCUGUAUUGAAUAAAAGAAAGGCAUACUUGGGUUGGGACAUGAUUUUUUUCAAUGUGGGUGAUGUUUGCCUUCCUAAAUGCUUCCAUGAAAUUAUCCUUUUCAAUAUUGUACCAAUGUAAAGUAACAAAAAUAUUGAUGAAAAAGUGUUAAGUGGUGAAGGGAAUAAUAUUGCCAACCAAAUUUGAUUAACAAUUUUUGUUCACAAGAGAAAUGCUCUCAACUAUAAAGUUCUUUACAAUCCUAUUUUAAAAACUGCUACACAGAAGACUUUUUGUAACCGUCGUUAAGAAAUGUGAAGAAAAACUGCAAUACGAUUCCAGGAAAAUUAUUCCCGGUGGUCAUUUGUAAUGUUUGACAACAUAAUGUGUCUUGUAUUGUGGUUUGUGAUGGGAGUUCUUUAUUGUUAAAUGCACUGCAAUAUUUUGGUGAAGGUUAUGAAAUUCUUCUGCUAUUUUUAACUUGUAAUGAAUGUAUUUUAAGUAUUUUUAAAUAUUGAUAAAGCAUGAAUCUGUAUUAGAUUGUAUUAUUCUGUGAUAAGGACCUAAAUAUAUCAUUGAAAAAAAGUGUUAAAUGAUUGAUUAUUUACAGGAAGGAUAGCAUUUACCUGAACAGAUUAAACAAACUUUAGGUGUGAUUGUACAACAUUGACAAAAUCAUAAAAUUCCAUAGUUGCAGUCAUACCGUAAGAAAGGAAAAAUAAAAAAAUAAAAAAGAUUUAAUCUUACAUUUAAAAAAGAAUUGAUAAUAUGUAGUUCAGUUUAAACCAUCAAUUGUACUGAAUUUCACCAGACAUAAUAUUGAAAAAAUUAUAAAUUUUUUGUGAUCAUUAUACCAUAUUUCUUUUAUAUUAGAUAUGCACUAGAAUGUAUCUAAAGUUUUUAAAAGGACUAAUUAAAAGUUGUGAGAAUAAAAGGAAAUUAUAAAAAAAAUAUUGGUCUCCAGUAAAUGGAAUAGCUGCCUGCAAAAGAAAAUAACAGGAUCCAAUUGAGAACUUAUGCUUACUCCAUUAUCACUUGAACCUCAAUGAUUUUUUUUCUUGACCAAGUUUUUCUCAAAAGUCCACUGAUAAAUUUCCCUGUUUUUUAUAAUUCUGCUGUCAAAACAAUGUAAUGUCAUGAUGUCUUCCAAUUGAAAUAUUAAUGAUGACAGCUGAGUCUUUCAUGUAUUUGUGCCAGAAUAUUUUGGACAAUCCUAUGUAAAUUAAUUCGAUUGGUAGCAGUACUCAAUUGUUGUUGUACGCCUUUUGAAGAUUUGUAAAUGUUUGUAAUGAAAUAAAAUUAUUUUUUACAGUUA